CUUUAGUUGAAGGAAAGAAGAAGCACACCACAGGAAGUAAAAAUAUCAACGUGCCUUUAUUUUGAUAUCCGACAUUAGUUCAUCUUGCUGAAGCUGUUUACUAUUUACCAUGAAGCAGACAGAGGCCCUUUAUCUCGAAGUUUCCAGCCAAAAUGAAGAGCCAUGUCUUCCUUUGCACACCUCCAUCACCCUGUUUCUCCUGUCCUACUGCGAGUGCAAGUCUUUCAAAGUCUACCUGGUCUUCACUAAACCUGAAAGCUCCCAGUCCCUGAAGAGUCGGCUGCCAGAGGGUUUGGACGUGUCUCACAUUCAAAGAGAGGACUUGCCCCUGUUGGUGAGGGGCUGCCGCCUGCCUGCUGCUCUGGAUGAAUCCGGGAUGCUCUGCAAGGCCGGGCUGGCGGUGGUUCUGAGGCACAUCAUCAACAACACACUGGAGGCGGACCCUUCCAGAAAGGAUGUGUUGGCUCUGCUGGGAUUCAAGAAGACCUGUCUGAAGGCCUGUGCUGAGGUGAGCAAGUGGACCAGACUGUGUGAAAUUGGCAUCCCCUCUGCUGUUGAAGAACACCUCAAAGACCCCACAAAUCAAUCGGAGCAGCUGCCUCUCUCCAUCCUCACCCUGGAGCGAAGGCUGCCAGCGCCUGUCAAAGUCCACAAUGAUGACAAGAUACGGAGGCAGAAGCUCCAAGAGCAGAGAAGGAAUGAGAAAAAUGAGUCCCCUGCAGGGAACUCAAACUCUGAGUCUGAGCCGGUCCAACCCCCUCAGGACGGAGAUGAACUUGAGCUCAGAGCAGCUUUGGCCAAACUGUCAGUGGAUUCAGUUCCCACGGCGACCACCAGAGAGAGCUGUGAGAUCAGGAAAGUGAAGACCCCACACCUGCCUCUGCUGCAGCAUGUGUUUGCUGAAGGACUGUACUUCACUCUGACGGAUGUGGUGCUGCUGCCAUGCAUCCAUCAAUACCUGUGUUCUCUCCAAGCCUAUGCUGCGAGCCUCCUCCAUCAGAUCCCCCACCUGCUGCGAUGGUACAGCCGUGUUCAGGAGGUACCCGGGGUCCUUCGCGCAGCAAAGGCCUGUGGGAUUGCUUUUUGCACCCCCCAGGUUCCCACGUCCAGCGCCCCAGGGCCUUCAGCAGAGAGCAACCCUCCGAGCCUAUUGGACCAGGAAGAAGAUCAGGAGAAGACCAAGCAGCCUCCCUUCAUCGGUGGCCCCAGACCCACCAUGACUAAACUCAAAGAAAAUGGCAUUGAGGCCAUCUACGCUCCUCAUCCCUGCCCUGCCUGGACCCUCCCUUGGGACAGCUUACCAGAAGCCAUCAACCCCACUGAAGGGAAAAUGUCAAACAUCCGUGCCGUCAGGAAGAGGCAACAGCUGAAUAACUUGGUUGCCAUGGUUACGGAGAUAGCCAGGCCUGGGUACACGGUGGUGGAUUUCUGCAGUGGGACGGGCCACCUUGGCAUUGUUCUGGCUCACACACUUCCAGAUUGCCAGGUGAUCCUCAUAGAGAACAAAGAGGAAUCCUUGGUCCGAGCCCAGCGUCGUGGCGCUGAGCUCGGUCUGAAAAACAUCGGCUUCAUUCAGGCGAAUCUGGACUACUUCACCGGACCCUUUGAGAUUGGGGUUGCCCUCCAUGCAUGCGGCGUUGCAACGGACAUGGUGAUGGAGCAUUGCAUCAAGGCGGCAGCGGCCUUCGUCAUCAGUCCAUGUUGCUACGGCUUCAUCCAGAACGCAAUCAAGUUCUCAUUUCCCAAGAGCAAGAGGUUCCAGGAGACUCUGACUUCUAAGGAACACAUGAUCCUCUGUCGCUUCGCAGACCAAACUGCUGUCCAGCUCCAUCCUGAGAGGAGACUCGUAGGAAAGCAGUGCAUGGGCCUCGUGGACUUGGACCGCUCCUGGGCAGCAGAGGCUCAUGGGUACUCGUUGCAGGUGAUGACUAUGGAGCCUGAUAGCUGUUCCCCAAAGAACAACAUGCUGCUGGGAAAGCCUCCGCACAAGAGUGGACAGGAAGUCGAUGCUGGCCAACAGGAAGCAGCGCUGCAUAAUUAGGACUGCGAGCAGCUCGGAGUCUUCAGUUCAGCUCGGUCAGGGUUUAAUUAAGUACCGUGGCUCCUGGCUGUGUGCUCACUCAGAGUACCACUAUGUUUUUAUCCACACUCUUGAUUUUAUCUUAACUUAUUUUUUACAAGCCAUUUUUGUGAGAAACAGACUUGGAAAAUAAAGGAAGUUAUUUCUCAUUA